AGGGCAUCAUGGACCUCAAUACACUUUAGUAUGGUCACACACACCACCACCGCCACAUAUAUAUUUAAUGUCUAUCCUCCCCCCCGUCUUCUUCUACUUCCAUUCGUACGACUUAUGAUUCACUUUCAACGGAAUAAUAACAUUUAUUAAUCAUAUAUAUAUAUAUACUACCACCCUUCAUAAUUCAUUUUCAAUUUUCUCUGUAAUUCUCAUCAUCAAUUUCACUUGUGGAUAAGGUCUGAAUUGGGCUGUCCUAAAGUUACUUUGCCGAAAAGUCUAGUUAGCUUAUUGUCAGACUUGGAGUUGACCUUGGUGAUGUUAAGCGAAUUCUGAUCGUUAUGUCUGGGAGUGGAGCAAAAGUGCAUGGGAAAGCGGUAGAAAUAAGUCCGCACCAAUCUGCGUGGUUGACGCAUUGGACAGGAACAAGUAGUACACAUGAUCAGUUAACUCAGCUAAACGAUCAUGAUAUUAAGAAACACAAGAGUGGAGUUAAGAAAGCGGCUGAUGAAUUUGGUUAUUCGAAAGGUGUGGAUUUGACCAUGAGUUUGAAGAAACCAAGUAGUCAGUCAUUUCCAUUUUUCAAGAUUGGUCAAGAACAAGGAGAGAGUAAAGGGCUGCAAAGAUUAGGAUCUCAAGUUUCUCACAAGAACUUGACGAGUGAUUUUAAUGUAGAAACCUUGUCGAGAGAAUUUCAUCGGCAACCUAUUGAGGAGGUGAAGUAUCACAUGUUUUUUGGUGAGAGUAACUACGCCUGCUCACGACCUUCUGAUCAGGGAGAGUACAAAGUUGAUAACCACACAACUCGUCGACCUGCAAAUUUCCAGUACCUGACUUCUGCUUUUGAUUCCAAAGAUUACUUGCCAGAAAAUGAAAAGUCGGAAAUGGCCUCGUUUUUAAGACAUAACAACACAUCCUAUUUAAAGACUGGCCCUUCUACGAGCAGCCAUCAUUCACCAUCUUUGGUUGAAGAACAGUACAAGAGAAUGCAAAAUCAUAUCGGGAUGGGAUUAUUUCCUCAUCAAACUGGUUCUCCUCAAAAAGCCAAACCAGAAACGAUGCAUCAUGGAGAAUGCUCAUUUCAAAAUGUUCCCCAUUUUGUUCAUGACGUGGAAAUGACAAGAAUGUGUUCCCCCAUAAAUUCUGCUGAAAUUUUAGCAGGUGGUAUUCACAGUUUUUCUAGGACAACACACAGUUUAUUGAUCACGAAACAGACUGAUGUGAAAGUGUAUCGAGAAAGCCAGAUAUAUAGGGAGUCCAGGGUAUCCACCCAUCAUAGAGGGGAAGCUCUUCGGGAGCUUAAUCACAGCCCUCCAGAUUUUGCUCAGGGUCAACAAGGAUUGAAGAUUCAACUCUUAGACUCGUCGGAUGAUCAUGAAUCACAUGAAAACACUGAAGAUGUAAAAGAUGUUCAGAAAAACGAGUUGUCAGCUGUUGAAAAUGUAAAAUAUGUUCAGAAAAAUGAGUCGUCAGCUGAUACUGACACCAUGGACAUGGAAUCAUUCAAAGAUAAUCGCCUUUCUGGUGUACGUUUGUCACCGCCAAACAAGGACCUUAUGGUGGAGUCAAAUAAACCCCCUCUACCUCUGUUUGGUUUAUCAGCUGAGAAAGAUACACGCAAUAAACGAAAGGUAGAAUUACCCGAUAUGAACAUAGAGAUUUCUGCUCAACCGGCUGCAUCAAGCUCAACUGAUAAUGCCGAACCAUGUACAUCAAGAACUCAAAGUUUGGACAUGAAUACGCUUCAGUUCAAUCUUGACCGUACAGGUAAAUCAAACUCUAAUGAAUGUUCUAACAGUAACCUGGGUUCAGAACCAGGAAGCAGAUGGAUCAAACGUCUCAAGCUAAAUGCUUCAAGUUCUCAUGCUCUUGGCACUAAAUUCUCAAAAAUGGCCGAGCCAUCGUCUCAGGGUAAGCUCAACAAAUUAUUUUAUGGAGUUUUGGAUAAGCGUCAUGGUAAAAGGUCCGAAUCUUUAAUGGGUGAAUCCCACCAUAAGAGAUCAGAAAUCCAGAUAGGUGAAUGUACCGGGAAAGGUGAUUCAUCUUCAGUAGAGACAAAACAGGAAUGUAAAGAGAUAACACUUUCGAAUUCUUGGAUCCAAAGGUGGAGUCAUAACCAAAAUAGGAAGAAUCCUGAUACUGUGGAAACUUGCAAACAGGAGAAUUCUAAAUUAGCAACCGAUGAGCUUCAGAAAAAGCAAUUUCCAAGCAUUGCGGCAAUGGCACUAAUGGGAAAGGCUAUGACUGGUUUCCAACAGUGUAAAUUCCAGAAAAGGGAAUCAUUUGUUGUUUGGAAUGCCAAGACUUUUGAAGACUUGUGAUGAAGGUACCACAAAUUCAGUUUUGUUUUGGAUUGGUUUGCCAAAUCAAGAAUUUAUCUGUUAUCUAUCUACCCUAUUAUUAGUUUUAACUCUUGCUUGUAUCUAUCUAUCUAUCCCUAAGAUAACUUGAUUUUGGCUUUGAA